AUUUGAAAUCGAUUCGAUCGACCAUCCGACAUUCCACCAUGGCCUCUGCCACUUCGAAUGAGUCGGUUCACGCAAUCAAAGACGUUCCUGCCGAGGUCCUGGCUGCCGUCGAGAAGAAGGCCCUGCAUGUCCCGUCGCUGGACGAACUGAGUGCAGUGCUCCAGCACGCGCUCCAAGCCAAUUUCGCCAACGCGAGUGCGACCCCGGUGGAAGUGUGCCCCGAUCUGACUGCUGCGCCGUAUCACCUUGCUGCUCCAGGAAUCAACGGCAGCCCGCGAUUGGCAGACGUCGGUGGCGUGCCCUACCUCAUCCCGACCGCGAAUCGAAACGUGCUGUUUGAUCUGCAAGAGGUGGCCACGAAAGUCGACCUGCCUGGUGCGUUCUUUAUUGGCGCUGGCGCUGGUUCAUGGAAGUAUAUUGGAACCAAUUGCGAGCUCAUGCCAAACGUGCAUCUGGGCGCAAGCAACAACCUUACUACAACUGCAAUCGUAGCACACGACAAGUGCGAGCUGCGCCCGUACGACACGACCCAAGUUGGCGUCUUGUGCAACGUGCUCGCUUCGGAAGGAGUGCGCGGCCCAGUCGUGCACGUCAAGGCCUCCGUGCGAACGGGACCCAAAGACUUUUUGUCGUGCUUGCACCAGGCGAUCGUCUCACGCUACGGCCAGCAGGGUGUUGGUCUGGGUGGCGUUUUUGUCAUUCGCGAAGGCAAGGCGAAGAUUCACGUCAUGCCCGACUUUAGCCCCGUCCCGCUGUGCUCGGAUGCAGAGGUCGACCAAUGGCUCAAGUUCUACGAGAUGCAGUCACCGCUGGUGUGCUUGAGCACCAUGGUCAGCGGCGAUCUCGGCCUCGACCUGCGCCUGACCCACACCCACUGCUUUAGCAACCACGGCGAGGGUGGCCACUAUCACUACGACACCACUCCCGAGGUGGUUGAGUACGAAGGCUAUCUCGUGCCAGCCGAGCACAUUUACCGGAUUGGGCGUCCCCAAGUAACUCACAAAGUUGGGCGAGAUUGAGCCAAACCAAAAAAAAAAAAAAAAAAAAAAACAAGUUUGUGAGGUUGUUGCGUACUUGCUGCCCUUCUGGUCGUGUGUUUCUGGGUUUGUGUGUUUGUCAAUGGCGGUACACAUGUGGCGAAGCUGUUCUCGAGGCUUUGGCGUUGAACCAAAAGAAACACUUUCGCUGUGCAAAUUUCAACACGAACAGUUUGC